AUGCCUUGUAAUUGGUUAUUAGUUAAAGAUGCCAAUUUAUGUAAAAACUUAGCAAAAAGGCAAUAUUGCGCUUCUUAUACAUUCAAAAUUCAAAAUGGUGUAAUAAUUCCAAAACUGUGUAAAGGAUGUGGGCAAGAGACUAUAUCAGCGUCCAGCUUUGUGUCUCAUAUAGACAAGUUAAUGAAAGA